AUGCGCGUCGUUCGCAACCAAGAUGGCUCCCAUAUAUCCGUCAUCGGAGUGGCUGAUGCGCGCCAAAAUAAGAUUAUUGGAAAUUUGACAGAGACGAGCACGCACACUUUACGAUCGAUGCUAGACGGAGUUUAUGAGAAAAUAUUUGAUGCUGAUGACGCAUAUACCUACCUUUUGCCAAGAUAUAGACUCGCUGUGGCUCGGACUCUACUGCUGCUGGGAUUCUAA